AUGAUCAUAGCUAGUAUCAGGAGAAUCUUUGCCUCAUUUAGAACAGAAGAAGAAGAACGAUUAUAUUCUCGUGCUGCAUUUUUUAAUCUAUUAGGAUUUCUCGGUUCCUGUGUUUUGUUUUCAUUCGUUGCCCAACAAUUAUCACGUAAUCCCAGAGAAUUGGCUCAUAUUGCUCGAGCAGAUGCAUUACUUAGAGCAUUACAAGGAUAG